CUCUCUACAAACACCAAUUGGACCUGAUUCCCCCUUCAUUUCUCUCUCCAAAAAUGGAUAGAAACUGCACAGACGACCAAAGCACAACCAGUGAAACCACCUCAACCCUUGCUCCGCCUGUCUCCACGCCGGAGAUGAUUAGCUUGUGCCGUGUUGGAAGCGGAGCCAGCAUGGUUCUAGACCCGGAAGGUGGGUUGGAAGCCCAGUCGAGGAAGCUGCCGUCAUCAAGAUUCAAAGGAGUCGUCCCACAACCAAACGGUCGUUGGGGAGCUCAGAUUUACGAAAAACACCAAAGGGUAUGGCUUGGCACCUUUAACGAAGAAGACGAAGCUGCGAAAGCGUAUGACGUCGCCGUACAACGGUUUCGCGGCCGAGACGCCGUCACGAAUUUCAAACCCCUUGUAGCCGACACAAAAGAAGCCAGCUUGGAAGCUAGUUUCUUGAGUUCUCAUUCCAAAGCCGAGAUCGUGGAUAUGCUGAGGAAACACACGUACAAUGACGAGCUGGAGCAAAGCAAGAGAAACUGCAACUUAGACAAAACCAGUUCAAGAGACGGUGGUUGUUCCGGUUCAGGUGUGGUGAAGCCCCGUGAACACCUCUUCCAGAAGACGGUGACACCCAGCGACGUCGGAAAAUUGAACCGGCUGGUGAUACCAAAACAACACGCCGAAAAACACUUUCCGGUUCAGAGAGGAAGCACUUCCAAAGGAGUUCUUUUACAUUUCGAAGAUUCAGAUGCAAAAGUAUGGAGAUUUCGAUACUCAUAUUGGAACAGUAGCCAGAGCUAUGUUUUAACGAAAGGUUGGAGCCGUUUUGUGAAAGAGAAAAACUUAAAAGCCGGUGACACUGUGAACUUUCAGAGCUCAACCGGACUAAACAAGCAGCUUUACAUAGACUGGAAGUCCAAAAGUGGGUCGGGCAAUACCGACCCACAAGCCAUCCAAGUCCAACCGGCCACCAAAUGUGUGGAACCAGUUCAGAUGUUACGUUUAUUCGGAGUAAACAUUAAAAGCGUUAGUAGUUGCAAUGGCAAUAGAAGAAGCAACACAGAGAUGGAUUUGUUAGGUUUUCAGAGUUGCAAGAAACAAAGAAUUAUUGAUGUUUUGUAACAUUUUGUUAUUCUUUAGGGGUGCAUAAUGGAAAUGUUGUCCAGUAAGCUUUUUGUUAUGAUGAUGAUGAUUGAUGAUGACGAGUGAUGAAGCUGGAAAGAUGUGGGAAUGGAAUUAACAGGUGAGGGUGAGGGUGAGGGUGCAGGUGCAAGUUGCAAAAGAUUGAAGUUAUAUAUUUAUUUUAGCUUAAUUAGAUCUGACCAAUAAUUGUACGUCUUAUAAUUAUCAGAUGUUCAAUUCAAUAAGUCACUUUUUAACUGGCCUGUGGCUCUUACAAAA